AUGGGCUUUGUCGUUUACAAUCCCUAUCUGACAGCCGCUAUUGCCACCAUAGGUGGUAUGCUUUUCGGUUUUGAUAUUUCCUCAGUCUCAUCAUUUGUCGGUCAGGAACACUACCGCUCAUACUUCAACUACCCAGACUCUAUCACACAAGGUGGCAUCACAGCUUCUAUGGCCGGAGGAUCUUUCCUCGGCUCUCUCAUUGUGGGCUACUUUUCCGACCGUUUUGGUCGAAAGAUCUGCAUCCAAGUUGCUUCAGUGUUUUGGAUGAUUGGUUGUGCAGUUCAGUGCUCAGCCCAAAACCAAGGCCAGCUCAUUGCCGGCCGUGUUAUUGCUGGCUUUGGCAUUGGUUUGGCUUCUUCUACUGUCCCCGUUCUUAUUGCUGAAUUAUCUCCUAAAAACAUUCGUGGACGCUUGGUUGGUGUGUUUCAGUGGGCUAUUACUUGGGGUAUCAUGAUUAUGUUUUACGUUGGUUAUGGCUGCUCCUUUAUUAACGGUCCCAACUCUUUCCGUGUGGCUUGGGGUAUCAUGAUUAUUCCUGGUUUCCUCUUGUUCCUUGGUGUUUUCAUUCUCCCAGAAUCUCCGCGCUGGCUCGCUUCUAAGGACCGCUGGGAAGAGGCUAUCCAUAUUAUUGCAAACGUCCAGGCUAAGGGUGAUGUUGAUAACGAAAUGGUCACCAUUGAAAUUAACGAAAUUCGUGAGGCUGUUGAGAUUGAGCGCCAAAAUGCAGACAUGAAGAUUUGGCACUUGUUUAAGAAGGACUCUAUCAACAGAACCAUGGUUGGUCUUUGGGGUCAGAUUUGGCAGCAGCUUACUGGUAUGAAUGUCAUGAUGUACUACAUUACUAUGAUGUUUGAAAUGGCUGGCUACCACGGAAACUCUAACUUGGUCUCUUCCUCUAUCCAGUAUGUCAUCAAUGUUAUUAUGACUGUUCCUGCCCUUCUUUUCCUUGACAGAUGGGGCCGCCGUAUGGUUCUCAUCUCCGGUUCUAUCAUUAUGAUGGCUUGGCUCUUUGCUACCGCUGGUAUUUUAGCUUCCUACGGCCGUCACGUUGAUUCAGUCGAUGGCAAUGAACUCAUCAAGAUUACCGUCGACAAUAAGUCUGCUUCCAAAGCUCUUAUUGCUUGUUCAUAUCUAUUUGUUGCUACUUUUGCCCCCACUUGGGGUCCCACUAUUUGGGUCUACUGUUCUGAGAUUUUCCCCACUCCUCAGCGUGCUUUGGCCAAUGGUCUGUGUGCUUCUGCCAACUGGGCCUUUAACUUUGCACUUGCUAUGUUUGUGCCCACCGCCUUUCAGAACAUUACCUGGAAAACUUAUAUUAUCUUUGCCGUGUUUUGCAUUGCCAUGACUAUCCACGUUUUCCUGCUCUUCCCUGAAACUAAGGGCAAGACACUUGAGGAAAUUAACUACAUGUGGGAUGCUAAGAUUCCUGCCUGGCGUACUGCCAACUGGGUUCCUCCUACCUCCGCCUUUGACCAGGGAGGCGAGGAGAAGGAUCAGCAAACACACAUUGAGAUCCACACUGAUGCCGAAAAGGAGGAUGCUUAA